UAAUUUUUAUGCAAACUUUGCCCUGAACUUUACAGGCACUAAUUCAUGGACUGAACAGACAUUACUAUUCCAUCACUAUCAACUACAGGAAGAAUGAACUAGAACAGAAGAUGUUGCUAAACUUGCAUAAGAAGAGUUGGAUGGAAGGUUUGACACUUCAGGACUACAGUGAACACUGCAAACUCAAUGAAACUGUAGUGAAGGAGAUGUUAGAAUUAGCUAAGAAUUAUAACAAGGCUGUUGAAGAAGAAGAUAAGAUGACACCUGAACAGCUGGCAAUAAAAAAUGUUGGCAAGCAGGACCCCAAACGUCAUUUAGAAGAGCAUGUGGAUGUGCUGAUGACUUCUAACAUUGUCCAGUGUUUAGCUGCUAUGUUGGAUACAGUUGUAUUUAAAUAACCCAUUUCCUGUUUGUGAUG